UGUUUUUUGAAUUCAUCUUGCUAGAGGUCAAUGAUCAAGGUCAGACUUCAGCAUUAACUGUUCGAGUUAACGAUGACUCUUUGAUGAUGAAUUUAUUCGAUUUACCAGUUGAUACUAACGAUAUGCUUUCACGAUGGAAAAUCAGUCAACGCGCUGGAAAUGAUGACAAUUACAUUGUUAGUUUGUCAGUUGAUGGGCAAGAAAAAUUCACUCGAUCGUUCUCUGGCGAACUUGAUAUGCUGUCUCUCGGCCCCCGUGCCAUCGAAAUCGAAAACCAAAAUGCAGAAUUUAAAAUUUUCAAUUAUAACGUCAUCAACCAGGAAAUGCCAGAAUCGGUCAUCGAAGCCGAAAAUGCAACUGAACCGUUUUCGCCUCAUAAUACCGAUCGUCUCGAAUUUCAUCGAACAUUCCGCGAUACUCAGAAAAACUAUUCCGGUCCGUCGAUUCUUGAUGCUGAAGUAGCUGAAGUUUACACCACCAGUUUCAUCUUUCAAAUCACCCAGAUGAGCCUUCGUUUUCGACCAAGCGAUAAUCGGCGACGAGAUAUUGUCCUCGCAGUUGGUGAUAUAAACACGGAUUGGUUCAACCGCGUUUUGCUAAAAAAUCAAGUCUUGAAUUCGAGCGACUUCAACGUCAAUGAAAUCAAAUUGAUUCCUGAUACAACAAUCAACUCAAUUGUCGAGCUGGAUUUUAUGAUAAAUUAUCAAUUCAAGCGAAACAUCUCGCUUUAUGAAUACAAAUCAA